GCCGCCGCCGGAGUGGGAGGAGGAGGAGGAGGAGGAGGUGGAGGAGGAGUCGCCGCUGCUCUGUAAGCGGCACCGGGAGGCUCUUAAACACCGGGAGUAUUUUGGUCGGCUGGAGCUGACAAGAAAAGCGGAGCGUGCGCCAGGAGCCUCUGGCACACACUUAUACCUACUCUACCUUAUCCCGACACACACACACAUACUCUCACACACACUUCAGCGCGGUGAGACUGGUUACCUGGAUAAUCAGACGCUCGGUUACGCACGGUCGGGGGAUCUGGAGAGUGGAGACACCCCCCUUCCCAUCCCCCGGUAUUCACCUGUUCAGCUGCACACCGAGCUGUGGACUGGCUCAGCCCGCCGCGGCUCAGCGGGAUUAAAGGCGACAGAUGCGAAGCGGCUAGAAUGGGACAUUUUCAGAUGAAAGAGAAGACGUUCAGAAGAAGACUUUCACAAAAUGGAUAAACUCACAGUUUGCUAAGACAGGGAAACCACCCAUCCAGGAUCUGUUCUCGGACCUGUGUGAUGGACGCCGCCUGCUGGAGCUACUGGAGGGGCUGGCAGGACAUGAGCUGGUGAAGUUAGAGAGAGGAUUCACACGUGUUCACUCGCUCAACAAUGUCAACCGUGCUCUGCAGAUCUUGCAGAAGAACAAUGUUGAAUUGGUGAAUAUCGGAGGGGCGGACAUCGUUGAUGGGAAUCACAAACUGACUCUCGGCCUCAUCUGGAGCAUCAUUCUCCACUGGCAGGUAAAGGAUGUGAUGAAGGAUGUGAUGGCGGGCCUACAGCAGACCAACAGUGAGAAGAUUCUGCUGAGUUGGGUUCGUCAGAACACACGUCCGUACCCUCAGGUCAACGUGGUUAACUUUUCCAGUAGCUGGAAUGAUGGAUUGGCCUUCAACGCCCUCAUCCACAGCCACAGACCUGAGCUGUUUGACUGGAGCACAGUGGAGAAGAAGACAUCGGCCAUCGACAGACUGGAGCACGCCUUCAGCAAGGCAGAACAACACCUGGGGAUAGAGAGACUGCUGGACCCCGAGGAUGUGGCCGUACCUCACCCAGACAAGAAGAGCAUCAUCAUGUACGUGACGUCACUCUUCCAGGUGCUUCCCCAAAGUGUUUCCAUGGAAGCCAUCCAGGAAGUGGAGACGUUGCCGCGGGCGACCGCCGGCAACAUCUCCCGGGUGACGACGGAGGAGCACUACCAGAUCCAGACCCAGCAACGCUAUUCCCAGCAGAUCACAGUGAGCGUGGCUCAGGGCCGAGUGCAGAGUCCCUCGCCCUCCCCUCAGCCCCGCUAUAAAAGCUAUGCCUACACCCAGGCUGCAUAUGUCAAGUCGCCCGAGCAAAAGAGGAGGCGUUUUACUGAUCAGUUCCUGACUCCGAGCCAGGAGGAGCUCCAGCGGGGCCUUAGUCCUUUGCCUCCUGGCUCCACCAGCCUGGAGAGCUACCAAGCAGCACUGGAGGAGGUGUUGACGUGGCUGCUGUCAGCUGAAGAUGGGCUCCAGGCCCAGCCGCCCAUCUCCAGCCAUGUGGAGGAGGUUAAGGAGCAGUUCCACACACACGAGGGAUACAUGGUGGAGCUGACUUCCCACCAGGGCAGCGUGGGGCGAGUCCUGCGGGCUGGUGCCGCCCUGCUGGGGGAGGGGCAUCUGGGCGAGGAGGAGGAGACAGAGGUGCGGGAGCAGAUGAACCUCCUGAACUCACGGUGGGAGCACCUGAGGGUGGCCAGCAUGGAGAGACAGAGCAGACUUCAUGAGGUCCUGAUGGACCUGCAGCAUCAGCAGCUGAAGCAGCUCACCGAUUGGUUGGACGUGACGGAAGCACGGAUUAAGAGGAUGGGGGCUCAACCGCUGGGCCCCGACCUGGAAGACGUCAAGCACCAAGUGGAAGAGCACAAGCUCUUGCAGGAGGACCUGGAGCUAGAGCAGGUGAGGGUGAACUCCCUGACCCACAUGGUGGUGGUGGUGGACGAGAGCAGCGGGGACAGCGCCACCGCUGCCUUGGAGAGCAAACUGCAGGUGUUAGGUGACCGCUGGGCAGCCAUAUGCAAAUGGACAGAGGAACGCUGGAUUCUGCUUCAGGAGAUACUGCUGAAAUGGCAGCACUUUACCAAUGAACAGUGUUUGUUUGACUCCUGGCUGACCCAGAAGGAGGAGCUGGUUCGCUCCAUCAAGACCUCCAACCUGAAGGACCAGGCAGAGAUGGUUGCCUGCCUCCGCCGGCUGGCUACGGUGAAGGGGGACCUGGAGGCGAAGCGUCCCACCAUGGACAAGCUGUGCUCCAUGAGCCAGGACCUGCUCUCGAGUGUCAAGAACAAGGAGGUGGCCAACAAACUGGAGGCCAGAUUGGACAGCUUCGCCCAGCGCUGGGACCGACUGGUCCAGAGCCUGGAGAUGAGCAGCUCCCAGCUCUCAUCCACUGUCAGUGUGGCCCAGCAGUCCGAGCUGACCCACUCUGUUACGGCGACCGUUACCAAGGUGACAACACGGGAGAAGGUGGCAGCCGUGCGCCAGACUCGCGAGUCACCGCCACCACAGAAGAAGAGACAAGUUGUCGUGGAUUCUGAACUCAGGAAAAGUUUCAUGCAUCCCUUUCUGCUGUCGUUCAUCAGCAGGUUUGAUGUAGACUUCACAGAGGUCCACAGCUACAUGACUCGCGGCGAGGCGAUCCUGCAGAGCCCCGAGUUCUCCGUGUCACGCAAAGAGGGCAGCGUUCAAGAGCUGCAUGAUAAAGUGCUGGCGAUAGACAGAGAAAGACCAGAGAAGUACCGAAAGCUUCAGGAGGCGACGCGCACGGCGCAGACCCUGGUCGAGCAGGAGGGGAGUCGUGCUGAUGACAUUGCCCAGGCAGCAGAGCAGCUGAACCAGCGUUGGGUGGGAUUCUGUGCCCUUUUGGCAGAGAGACUAGCCUGGCUGGCUUACCAGACCAAGGUUCUUGCCUUUUACAGCCUUUUCGAGCAGUGUGAACAAGCUGUGGUUAACAGCGAGAACUGGCUCAAAGUCCAGGCGCCCCCAGCCUCCGAACCAGAACCGCUCAAGAUACAACUGGACAGAUGCAGGCUCUUCUCUGAGGAGCUGGCCCGCCUGUCCUCCCUGCAGCCCCAGGUGGACCUGCUGGAGAAGCGGCUGAAUGAGCUGAAGGAGGAGAAGGAAGGCGAGGAGGACCCGUCCACCUUCCUGGACGCCGACAUCAGUGCCUUCAAAGAGCACUACCAUCAGGUCCUGGAGGAGCUGAGGGCGAGAGAGAAGCAGCUGCAACGGGUUCAGGAAAGCUUACCUCCGGCCCGCUAUAAGGAAACCAUAUCAACGCUGUUGGCAUGGUUACAGCAGUGCGAAGCUAAGCUGGCCGUCCCAUCCACGGCCGUAACAGAGUAUCCUGUCAUGGAACAAAGACUGAAGGACAUGCAGGCCCUCCAAGUGGCUCUGUCUGAGCACCAGGGCGAGGUGGACUACCUGACCUCGGCCGUGGAGCAGGUCUUCCAGAAAGCUCCAGCAGACAUCAGCCAGAGGUAUCGUGCAGAGAUGGAUGCCAUCAUGACGCGCUGGAGGCGACUCGGGGCCACACUGACCGAAAACACCCAGAAAAUCCAGGAGCUCAUGGCCAAGCUGAUGCAGUUUGAGAACGAUGUGAAGACACUGAAGAAGUGGAUGGCAGACGUGGACGUCUUCCUGAACGAGGAGUGGCCGGCGCUGGGCGACUCCGAGGCGCUGGAGAAGCAGCUGGAGCAGUGCACGGCCCUGGUGAACGACAUCCACACCAUCCAGCCCAGUCUCAACGGCAUCAACGAGGUGGGCCUGUUCCUCAAGAAAGAGGCGGAGCCACCGUUCGCCAUCCACAUCCAGAAAGAACUGGACGAACUCAACUCCCAGUGGGAGAACGUCUGCAAACAGGCCUACGCUAAGAAGUCCGCUCUCAAAGGCGGCCUGGAUAAGACCAUGGCUUUGAGGAAAGAGAUGCAGGAGAUGCAGGAGUGGAUCAACCAGGCCGAGGAAGACUACCUGGAGAGAGACUUCACUUACAAAACCCCCGAAGAGCUCCGCAAGGCCGUGGAGGAACUCAAGAGGGCCCAGGAAGAGGUCCACUCCAAGGAGCUGAAGGUCAAACUCCUGACCGACAGCGUCAACAGUUUCAUCGCCAAGGCCCCGCCGACGGCCCACGAUGCCUUGCGCUCGGAGCUGGACGUGCUGACGGCCAACUACCAGCGUCUCUGCAGCCGCCUGGACGGGAAGUGCAAAACUCUGGAGGAGGUGUGGGCAUGUUGGUGUGAGCUGCUGUCCUACCUCGAGCAGGAAAACGCCUUCCUGGAUCAGCUGGAGCAGAAACUGGAUGAGACGGAAAACCUCCAAGGGGGAGCGGAGGAGCUGCAGGAGGCGCUGGAUAGUCUGGAGGUUCUCUUGCGGCACCCAGAGGACAACAGGAACCAGAUUCGGGAGCUGGCGCAGACGCUGAUGGACGGAGGAGUUUUGGAUGAACUGAUACAGCAAAAGCUCGACGCAUUCAACACACGAUGGGAUGAACUCAUGGCUAGGGCGCUGCGCAGGCAGAAGGAUCUGGAGCAGAGCGUCCAGCUGGCCCAGGAGAACGACAAGACGCUGAGGCUGAUCCAGGAGUCUCUGGCCAACACCGACCGCCACCUCACCGCGUACCUGACCGACCACAUCGAUGCCCAGCAGAUCCCGCAGGAGGCUCAGAAAAUCCAGACAGAGCUGAGUGGGCACGAUGCGACCCUGGACGAGAUGAAGAAGAAGAACGCUGAGAAGGAUCCCUCCAAGAGGAACAUGGGACAGAUAGACCUCACCCAGAAAAUGCUGGCGGAUGUGUGGACCAAGUUCAGGCUCUUCCAGAAGCCGGCGAACUUCGACGCUCGGCUGGCCGACUGCGAGCGUGUGCUGAGCGGGGUCAAAGGUCAGCUGGGGAUGCUGGACAUCCGCAGCGUGGAGCAGGACGUGGUGCAGUCGCAGUUGGAGCAGUGCAUGAAGUUGUACAAGGUGUUGAGUGAAAUCAAAGGCGAGGUGGAGACGGUGAUAAAGACGGGCAGACAGAUCGUCCAGAAGCAGCAGACGGAGCAGCCCAAAGAGCUGGACGAGCGGCUGACCGCCCUCAAACUGCUCUACAACCAGCUGGGAGCACAGGUCACGGAGAGUAAAGGGGAGCUGGAGAAGAGUCUGAAGUUGUCUAGAAAGCUGCGUAAGGAGCUGAACGGGCUGACGGAGUGGCUGGCUGCCACAGACGCCGAGCUGACCAGACGCUCCGCUGUGGACGGCAUGCCCAGCGACCUGGACGCUGAGGUGGCAUGGGCACAGUCGAUACACGGGGAGACGGGGAGGCGUCAGCCGCAGCUGCAGGCGGUGGUGGAUCUGGCCGAGGCCCUCAAGGCCGUGCUGCGGGGCCACGGCGGCCUGGUCGACGACAAAGUCAGCCUGCUGCGCUGCAACUGGAUCGCAGUCACAUCCAGAGCAGAGGAAUGGCUCAACCUGCUGCUGGACUACCAGCGACAGAUGCAGAAGUUGGAUGGAGAGAUAGAGGAAGUGAACGGAUGGAUCGACGGAGCGGAGAGAAAGAUGGAUGAGAUGGACAGUCAGGGACCCAACGACGCCAUGCUUAAGACGCUGCGUGCUGAGUUGGAGCUCACGCGGGGGAAGGUGGAGGAGGUGCGGGCUCUGGCCCACGAGCUGAUGACCACCAGGGGGGAGAACUGCCAGGCGCAGGUGGGACCCAAACUGGAGCAGCUCAACCAGCGAUUUGACACCAUCGCACAGCGCAUCGCCUCGGGACUGACGGCAGCAUCAGCCAAGGAAUUGGAGCAGUACCACAGUGAGGCACAGAUCUGGCUGGAGUUACUGGAGGAGGAAGUAAAACAGGGGGAAAACCUCAAGGAGGAGGACUUCGAGGAAGACAAGGACUGUGAGGAGGGUGCAGUGAAGGAGUUAUUGUUGAAAGGAGAGAAUCUGCAGAAGAGAGUCCCGGAUCAGGACAAGAGAGAGCAGAUCAGACUGAAACACAACCAGCUCAACAGCAAGUACAACACUGUCAAGGACCUGCGUGAGCAGAGGAACAGGAAGGCGUUGGCCAUCGCUCCCCAGUGGUACCAGUACAGGAGGAAGUCACAUGACCUGCUGGCCUGGCUGGACGACAUCCAACGCAGCGUGGACCAACUGCCUGACCCCCCGGAGGGAGAGAGGGUCAAGGAAAUUGGCUCAGAGUUCGACAAGAAGAAGGAGGAGCUUAAGGAGGUGCAGGGCUUAGCCAAUCAGCUCUCACAGGCUGGCGCCGCCAAUCUAGUGGAGCCCCGCCAGCUCCAGCUCAACACGCGCUGGGUUGAGGUGGAGGGCAAGUUCAUACCCUUCAAAAGACAAUGUUUCCCUGACCAGCCAAUCACUGAACAUGAGUACCUAUCUGAGCUGCAGGCGUUGCUGCGUUCAGUGUCGGAGACAGACUUCAAGCUGAACUCCCCUGAGUACUGGCCUGCCGUUUACUACAACCUGCCUCAGCAACAAAACUGCCUUAAGGAAGUGAAAGGGAGCAUUGACAAGCUGCGAGGCCCAGUGGAGGGAGCCCUGGCCAGGAGAGAGGACAUGGUGUCGGGGGCCCGGCCGCUGGAGGGCCAGAAGAUCCAGGAGACCGCCACACUUCUGAAAACCAACUGGGACAAACUGAACAAACUGUACCAAGACAGACUGAAGCGUUGGGAGGACUCUAACUCCAAGUGGCAGAAGUUUGUUUCGGACCGCAAAGUGCUGGAGGAGUGGCUGGACGAUGCCGAGGGCACUUUGAAACUGGCUGAGACCGACCCAGCAGCACACAGACUUCACCUCAGGGACCUGACCGAGGCCAUCCCAGUCCAGGAGGUGGUGCUGGGCAGGGUGAACUCAGCAGGGGAGGACAUCAGCCAGCUGAGCGUGCCCGACGACGCCUCGCAGCUCCAAACGCAGCUCAAAGUGCUCAACGGUCGCUGGGCCAGCACCUGCCAGCAGCUCAACGAGCGCAAGAGGAGGUCUUCGGAGGCGCGCUCGGCGGCCGCAGAGCUGCAGGACGACAUGGGCUCUUUGCUGGGCUGGUUGGACAGGGCGGAGGGCGUCCUGGCCAUCCCCCUGCAGCCUGCAGAGCCGUGGCACAUCAGGGACACUCUGGACAAGGUCCAGGCACACGUGGAUGAGCUUCCCAGUAAAAAGAAGAAAGUAGAGGAUGUGAACAUGAGAUUUAAACAGAUAGUGCUUCCUGCUGACAAACAGAAAGACAUCAGGAUCAUCAACACACGCUGGGCGCAGGUGUCCAAGGAUCUUCCUGAGCGUCAGCUGGAGAUCGAGGGUCUGCUGAGGGAGCUGGAGAAGCUGCAGGGCCAGCUGGACGACCUCUCCGCCUGGGCCUCGAACACGCGAGCCAAGCUGGAGCGCAGCCUCGACGACGUGGAGCCCAAGCUCAUUGAGGAGGUGCAGGUGAAGCAGCCGGAGGUGGAGUUGGUCUUGGAACGAGCCAAUCUGCUUUACAAGGACAAUCCUCCCAGCCAAGCAGAGAAGGUGAAGUAUGCCAAGCUGAAAGAGGAUUGGACUCUGAUCCUGGAACUGGUGCGGCAGCAUAAGGACAGGGCGGCUGCUCUCCUAGUAGCCAAGACAGCCACUGAGCAGCUGACAGGAAGCUCCCUGCCCGAAUCCGCGGCGCUCGCUCAGUUCAACAAGUCCUGGGCCGAGCUCACUGAUUGGCUGACCAUGCUGGAUCACAUGGUGCAGAACAAGCAGGUGGUGGUGGCCGACCUGGACGACAUCAACGACAACAUCAGCAAGCUCAAGGCAUCUCUGCAGGAGCUCGAUCAGCGUCGCCCCCUGCUGGAGAAGCAAGUCACCGCCGCGCAGAACCUGAAGAACAAAACCAGCAACCAGGAGACCCGCAACGCCAUCACUGAGCGCAUCGACAGGCUGCAGACCCACUGGGAGGACUCGCAGACCAAACUCUCCGACAGGAUGAAGCAGCUCCACAACAUGCUGCAGGACUCCACCAACUGGCUGGACGCCAAGAAGGGGGUGGAUCCUCUCAUCAAACGGGCCAAUGACAGGCUGGAGUCUUGGAGGGAGAUCUCGUACACGGUGGACGCACUGAAAAAACAAAACGCUGAACUCAAGCUCUUUGUGAAGGAGCUGCAUCAGUGGCAGAAUCACGUGGAUGAAACCAACGCGCUGGCCGACAAACUGCUUUCGCUGUACGUUAACGAUGACACGCACAAGGUCACCCGGGUCAACGGUGAAAUGAACACCACCUGGGCACACAUCAACAAGCGUGUGUCAGACAGGGAAGCGGCGCUGGAAGCAGCUCUCAGGCUCCUGCAGCAGUUCUACCUGGACCUGGAGAAGUUCCUCAACUGGCUGACUGAGGCCGAGACAACCUGCAACGUUUUGAUCGACGCCACCAACAAGGAGAGACUGCAGGAGCAGCCGGAGGCAGCCAAGAACCUGCUGGCCCAGUGGCAGGACCUGCAGGCGGAGAUCGACGGCCACACGGAGCUGUACCACUCCCUGGACGAGAACGGCCAGAGGAUCCUGGCCUCGCUGGGCGACUCGGAGGACGCCACGCUGCUGCGGCGGCGCCUGGACAACAUGGGCCAGCGCUGGAACGACCUGCGCAACAAGACCAUCGGCAUGAGGGCCCACCUGGACUCAGAGAUGGCCCCAUGGAAGAGGCUCCACAUGUCCCUGCAGGAGCUCCUCAACUGGCUGAGACUGAAGAGUCAGCAGCUGCAGCAGGAGCCUCCUGUAGGGGGCGACGUGCCCACCGUGCAGGCCCAACUGGACACACACAGGGGCUUCAGGAGGGAGCUCAGGGCUAAGGAGCCGGUGGUGACCAGAGCGCUGGAUGAUGUCAGUGUCUUCUUGUCUGAACUACCCAGAGAAACACCGUCACCUGAACAGAGAGAUAUCAGUCCGGAGGAGCGUGCUCAGAACGUGGGGCGAGUCCUGCGCAAGGAGGCCGACGACGUCACGACCAGAUGGGAGCAGCUCAACAGCGACUCGGCCGCCUGGCAGAGGAGGCUGGAGCUGGCUCUGGACCGGCUGAUGGAGCUGCAGGAGGCGGAGGACCUGCUGGACGGCCAGCUGAGGCAGGCCGAGAUGGUGAAGGAGGCGUGGGAACCCGUGGGAGACCUGCUGAUCGACUCGCUGCCAGAGCACAUCGACAGAGUCAAGGAGUUCCAGGAAGAGAUCGCUCCCAUCAAAGAUGAUGUAACUCACAUGAACCAGUUGGCGUCCACUUUCGACCCGGCUGACAUCCAGCUGUCGCCUAGCAACUUGGAACGUAUCGAAGACCUCAACACACGCUGGAGGCUGCUGCAGGUCUCCAUCAAAGAGCAUCUGAAGCAACUGACCGACGCUCACAGGGACUUUGGCCUUCAGCAAGGAUCUGUGAAGAGCCCCUUCGAGCAGGGCAUCUCCCCCAACAACGUGCCCUACUACAUCAAAGAAAAACGUGGACCUGACCAGCUGACCCAGACCCUCCACCAGACCCAGACGACAUGCUGGGACCAUCCCAAAAUGGCCGAACUCUAUCAGUCUCUGGCCGACCUGAACCACGUUCGCUUUCUCGCCUACCGCACCACCGCCGAGCUCCGGCGCUGCAGACAGGCUCUCUGUCUGGACCUGCUGGGCAUGCCGUUAGUGUGCGGGGUGUUCGAGCAGCACGGCCUGAAGCAGAACGAGCAGCUGCUGGACAUCUCCCAGCUGGUCACCUCGACCAUUCUGUACCAGCGGCUGGAGCGACGCACAAGCACCUGGUCAACGUUGCCGCUCUGCUUGGACAUGUGUCUCAACUGGCUGCUCAACGUCUACGACACCGGCCGCAGUGGAAAGAUCCGGACCCUGUCCUUCAAAACUGGAAUCAUCUCACUCUGCAAGGCCCACCUGGAGGACAAAUACAGGUUCUUGUUCAGGCAGGUUGCCAGCGUGACGGGUUUCUGUGACCAGCGUCGCCUCGGCCUCCUCCUGCACGACUCCAUCCAGAUCCCCCGGCAGCUGGGCGAGGUCGCCUCCUUCGGCGGCUCCAACAUCGAGCCCUCCGUCCGCAGCUGCUUCCAGUUUGCCAAUAAUAAGCCCGAGCUGGAAGCAGCCAUGUUCCUGGACUGGAUGCGCCUGGAGCCCCAGUCUAUGGUGUGGCUGCCCGUCCUGCACCGCGUGGCCGCCGCCGAGACCGCCAAGCACCAGGCCAAGUGCAACAUCUGCAAGGAGUGUCCCAUCAUCGGGUUCAGAUACCGGAGUCUGAAACAUUUCAACUACGACAUUUGCCAAAGCUGCUUCUUCUCCGGUCGCGUUGCCAAGGGACAUAAGAUGCAGUACCCCAUGGUUGAAUAUUGCACUCCGACUACAUCAGGAGAGGAUGUCAGGGACUUUGCCAAGGUGCUGAAGAACAAGUUCAGGACCAAGCGCUACUUUGCCAAACACCCUCGCAUGGGCUACCUGCCCGUCCAGACCAUCCUGGAAGGGGACAACAUGGAGACUCCUGUCACUCUGAUCAACUUCUGGCCCGUAGACCAUGCGCCUGGCUCAUCCCCCCAGCUCUCACAUGACGACACACACACCCGGAUCGAGCACUACGCCAGCCGGUUAGCAGAAAUGGAGAAUCGUAAUGGCUCUUAUCUGAAUGACAGUAUCUCACCCAAUGAGAGCAUCGAUGACGAGCACAUGUUGAUCCAGCACUACUGCCAGUCUCUGAACCAAGGCUCUCCUCUCAGCCAGCCCCGCAGCCCCGCCCAGAUCCUCAUCUCCAUGGAAACGGAGGAGAAGGGAGAGCUGGAGAGGGUCCUCAGCGACCUGGAGCAGGAGAACAGGAAGCUGCAGGCCGAAUACGACCGUUUGAAGAAGGCCCACGACAGGAAGGGCCUGUCCCCGCUGCCGUCGCCCCCGGAGAUGCUGCCCGUGUCGCCGCAGAGCCCCCGCGACGCCGAGCUCAUCGCCGAGGCCAAACUGCUACGGCAGCACAAGGGCCGUCUGGAGGCCCGCAUGCAGAUCCUGGAGGAUCACAACAAACAGCUGGAGUCCCAACUGCACAGGCUGAGGCAGCUACUGGAGCAGACGGACUCCAAGGUGAACGGUACGGCCCUGUCCUCUCCCUCCACCUCCUCUCAGCGCUCCGACUCCUCUCUCCCUCUGCUCCGCGUGGCCGCCAGCCAGACUACUGAUACAAUGGGCGAUGACGAGCUGUCCAGCCCUUCCCAAGAUGCAUCUGGGCUGGAGGAAGUGAUGGAACAACUGAACAACUCCUUCCCUCAUAGCCAGGGUCCCAGCGUUGGCAGUUUGUUCCACAUGGCCGACGAUCUGGGCCGCGCCAUGGAGUCACUGGUCAGCGUGAUGACAGACGAGCAGAGCGCCGAAUAGCACGAGGCCCUGCCCUUCUGACCCCGCCCCCUCCUCCGCCCCGCCUACCUGCCUCAAGCCCCGCCCUCUCGCCCCUCCCCUCUCUGUCUCUCCUUACCUAUCGCAUGCUUUUAUAGUCAAAACAACUGGAUUGGAAACACAGUUUACAAAGAGAAUAUAUAACGUCUAUUUUUGUGAAGGAUCGCGGUUACAGCAAUGACAAGUAAAAAAAUAAAACAAAAAAAAUAUAACUUGUAGAUUUCAGUAGUUUCUUAAAAAGUCCUGAAGUUGUUUUAUUAUUAACAGAGGCUGGUUUUUAAACUUCUAUGCAAUUGUAUAAAAAAAAAAGAGUGGGCGUAAAAAACAGAGAAAGAUGAGAUACAAAUAAGUGUGUUCGACGUGAUCGUAUAUUUGCCAUCUCUUUGUAAUUGGGGAAAAAAUAUAACGCAUUUCAGACAUUUGUAUCGAAAAAGAAUGAUUGUAAUCAUAAGGGUGCUUUCUAAGAGGAAAAUGUCUUUCUACAACAGAGUAUACUACUGUCAAGGCAAUGCAGGCAUCCUGGAUCUUUACAGUAUGUUGUCCGUGAGACUGUGUGUGUGAUGUUGUGUGUGCGUGUGUGUGCGUGUGCGUGUGUGUGUGUGUGCGUGUGCGUGUGUGUGUGGUGGUGCCUAAUUUCCAUGUUCCAUGACAGCUUUUUUUUUCUCGCUUUGGCUGACAAACCUCAUGUUCAAUUUGAAUUAUUCAUUUAUCUGCUCAUCCGUCCAUCUCUCCAUCCAUCCGUUCAUCCAUCCAUCCAUCCAUCCAUCUCCCACAUGACUAACAUCUCUCUGUGUUUGUUUCCAACACAAAGUGCUAUGUGCGUAAGUGGACGCUGGAACAGGCCCGAGUCAGAACUGAUAGGCACAAGUCAGACGGUCCCUUUAAAAAAAUAAUCCACAUUUCAGGAAAAUAACUGCAAAUGCCACUGCUAAUUUAUUUUAUUUGAUUCAUGUCAACUAGCCACUUUGUCUGGUAAUCCGACAUUGUCAUGAUGACAUUCUCGAAAAAAUCAAAUAAAAUAUGGUGACAAAAAGGAGUUGACAAUAAUCCAGUAGCUGCUGUUGUUAUGGGAUUAAAAAAAGGCAUUUCCUUCCCUCAUGAUUUGAACUUAAAUGUAACUUAAAAUGUUAAAGCUGCAGAUUUAUGUUUUCAAGACAUUGUCUCCUCAAAGACAAGCUUAAAAAUCAGUACCUAUUAUUCCACGCACAUCCCAUUAGCACAGUUCGAUGAGUUGGCAAUAAAUUAUUUAAAUAUAAUAAAUUAUGUGAUUGUUGUUCCCUCGGUUUCUCUGUGACCGAUUUGAGUCCAUCUGGUCCAUCUCUCUCAGAAAGAGCGAAUUGGUACAAUUUGACCAGUGUGGGUUUUCAAAGCAGGUCGUGAUAUUUUUGAAUUAAAACUGCUGCUAGCUAAUAUUUUCUCCUUAUAUUUACCAUUUUUAAUUAAACCAUUUCCUACCACAAAAAAAUCAAUUUUAAACCUAGAUAAAUUAUUUAUUUUAUUUUGUUUUAAGCAGCUUUUUUGUUAGCAGCUUUUUAAAGCAGGGCAAAUUAAUGUGCACAAACAUUAUUGAAACAUUAAAUGAAGAAAAUAAUGAUAAUAAUAACAUGCAAAAAUUAAAUCAAAUUUCAGACCAGAGCAGUUUUAAUGCUGCUCUGGUCCAUAAGACGGUUCAGUAUCUGAUGUUUGACUAACGGACCAGAUUGGCAAACUGAUAUUAGUAUAUAGUUAUUAUGCUGUAGCUGAAUUUAGGAUUAGUGGGACUUCUCCGUUAAUCCAGCAGUUUUUGGAUGCUUCAGCUGGUCAGAUCCCCCAAACCGGCGCUCCCCCCCAGUUCUGCAUCGGGCCCUCCAGGUUCAUCUUAUCGAUGUGACUUUGCACUCAUUCAGAAAAGGUCGGAAUAAAUUUACUGGAGCGCAGUGUGGCGAUUCAAAACUCUCAGCGAGGAAAAAUAAAAUGACAUCUUGAUUACCGCUCUGGCACAGAUGAGAACUUUCCAGAAAGCAGGGCUCCUGCGUUUAAUCAGCAGGAAGUCUGCGUCUGUGCCCGGGGCCCAGUCAGUUUGUGUAGUAAUAUAAUAUGUAACGAUGAAUAAGUUAGCAAUCUCUCCCUGUCAAGAGUACUGUAAGAGGAGCUUCUAGACGUUUGAAAGAAUGUGAUUUUAAUUUGAAUAUCCAAGUACUACAGUGUUAGGCUGCAAGGCUGCUCGCUUGAAUCGUGAGAUUAUUUUUGACAAAUUCUUCAUUUUUCGAUGAGAUUAUGACUUUAAGAGACAUAUUUGAGUUCUCGGAAGCCCAGUAAUGCAAGCUCUACCUCGUUUGAACCGUCAGAGUCCCAUUUUGGAGGCAAUUACUCUACUGUACUCUACUCCCCUAGUCCGCACAGAUUGUUCAAAUGGUCUUUUAUUAAUGGGUUACUGCUGGUUGAUUGUUAAAUGUCAGAUUUCCUAAUUGCUCCGUACAUGUUCUCUCCAUGCAGAGGUCCCGCUGCAGGAGCCUCAGAUCUGAAUGUUCAGACACAUACACUGCAUUUCUCAUCUCUCUAUAUCAGAGAUUUUAUAUAACCAAGUAUAAAAAUGAUCAUUUUACAGAAAUCUGAAUCAGUGUGCACUACUGUCAUUAUCUGGGACAUACUAGAUAUUUGUUUUCUGUUUGUGGAGGAUGCAUUCAUUUUAGCGGUGUGUUACAUUUUUGCAUUUGUCCUCGGUUAAAAGGUAUUUUGUUUUGUGCUGUGUGAGGUGUUAUGAUAUUAGCAUGUGUGACUAAAUAAAAAUCCAUCAUUAUUUAAUGUAUAACCACUCAGAGAAGGUAUUCACCGCGAUGAGCGUAGUUGCAUCGCGGCCUAUACACACACGUGUGUUUUCGCAACAUAUUCUUGCAGCAUGAUCCAAGAGAUUUUGUUUUGAUCCAUACACUGAAUUUGAUUAAGUUUGUAAUUUCUAACGUUUGUGUUUCAUUUUCCCAUAAUUUUUCCAAUAACGCGUCAAUACUUCACAACAUAUCAGAUUCCACCAAAUAUAUGCCUUACUACUGUAUUAUAAAAUGCUUUACUGUAUAUCAAUAAAGCACGCAGUUAUGUUGAA